GCCACCAACAAACACACACAAACAGAGACACCUGUACACACACACAGACAUGUAUAUACACAUACACACACAGAAACAUGUACACACACACAGACACAUGUAUACACACGCAUACACACAGAUAUAUGUACAUACACAAAAAUACACACGCAUAGACACAUGUACAUACACACAGACACAUGUACAUACAUACACAGACACAUGUACACACAGACACAUGUACGUACAUACACACAUGUACAUGCACACACAGACACGUACAUACACGCAGACACAUGUACAGAUACACACAUGUACAUACACACAGACACAUGAACAAUUGUACAUGCAUACACACAAACACAUGUACACACACACAUGUACACACACACCCCAUAAAAAGUUGCAGUACUUCGUUGUUCACUCACAGAGCCGGGUACUGCACUCUAGGGGGAGGCAGAGAGCACAGCACACACUCCUUGCUUUGCUGUCACUGCGCUCAGCUAUUGAGCAGUCUGACAGCUCCCAGUUCCAAUGACAGAUCCGGCCUGAGCUCCGAGCCUGCUCAGGAAGACAGCCCUGGGGGACACACACUCGCCCCCACCAUAAUUUCUACUCGCCAUUGGCGAGCAGGCGAGUGGAAAUUUCAAGC